GGUGGGGCUCUAAACAGACCAUGCCUACCGUGGAUGGGCCUCCAACAAAUUUUUGCGUUUGAAAUCGUUUUGUUUUCUGAAGCCCGUAAAGCCAACUUAAGCCCCCGCCUAAAUCCCACCUCUUUCCCCUCCACCCGUCGCGCGCGCGCUCUCUCUCUCUCUCUCUGAUACUAAAAAUGCUCGCUGUGGCAUUUCCACAGUCAACUUGCACGCAUCUCAAUUUCAACCUCCAAAACGAGUCCUUAGCGUCGGUCUCAUAUCAAUUACCCAACUGUCUUCUUCCCCAAAGGUUUGAUCAACAUAGAGGCAGUUCCGGACGUUUCCAACUCUAUACGCUCAAGUGCAAAUUUGCCAGGGUCAAAGAACCUCCUUCCCCCAGCCUAGAUACAGUGAAAAGGGAACCUCAUAAGUAUUUUGAUCAAGUCACUAUCACAGUUCGUUCUGGAGAUGGAGGUCAUGGCACCGUUCUUAGUUUGCCUAACCAAAAAACAACUUCAAAACCCCGAGGAAAGCUUGAAAAAGAAAAAGCAAGGAGGAAAAGUUUGUUCAAAAGGGAUUUUGAUGGGUCUCUUAUCCUACCUAUGGGUGGGCAUGGGGGGGAUGUUGUAAUUUAUGCAGAUGAGGGGAAAGACACAUUGUUGGAGUUUCACAAGAACAGCCGCUAUAAUGCAAAGCGUGGGGGAAACGUUAGUGCAAUGGGAGUUUUAACAUCCCAAUUACAAAAUGGGCUUGCAGCUCUGACACUGCGUAUUCCAGUGCCUCUAGGUACUGUUGUAAGACGUAAGCGUGGAAGCUUUAUGGCUGACUUGGCACGCCCAGGUGACGAGAUUCUUGUUGCAAGAGGCGGACAAGGAGGGAUUAGCUUGAUAGAAAUGCCAGUGCAUGGAAGGAAACGAGUAACGAACUUAACCACAAAUGUGAUGAGAGAUGAAAGUGACAAGGUUCUAACUUUUGGCCAGCAAGGGGAGGAGGUUAAUUUGGAGUUAAUCCUAAGAGUUGUUGCUGAUGUUGGUCUAAUUGGACUCCCAAAUGCUGGGAAAUCUACGUUAUUGGCAGCAAUAACGCUUGCAAAGCCUGAUAUUGCUGAUUAUCCCUUCACAACAUUAAUGCCAAACCUUGGACGCCUUGAUGGUGACCCUAGUUUAGGGGCAGGGAAGUAUUUUUCUGAAGCAACAUUGGCAGAUUUACCUGGUCUUAUUGAAGGUGCUCAUCUGGGGAAGGGUCUUGGUCGCAAUUUUUUGCGGCACUUGAGGAGGACUCGCUUGUUGGUGCAUGUUGUUGAUGCGGCUGCUGAGAAUCCUAUUGGUGACUACAGAACAGUAAGAGAAGAAUUGAGAAUGUAUAAUCCUGAAUAUCUAGAACGACCAUACAUAGUUGUGCUAAAUAAGAUUGACAUUCCUGAGGCAACAGAUAGGCUUCCAUCUUUGAUUCAAGAAAUAUCAAUAAUUGGAACAGAUGAGACAAGCUCUGGAGAUGCAGUUCAAGCAGUAUCAGCUGAUGGGGAUCAUGCAGAUGGUUCAGGAUUCUCCGAGGAGGAUAAGAAGGUAAAAGAAAUUGAGGACUAUCCACGCCCCUUUGCUGUUGUGGGUGCCAGUGUUUUGAAGGGUAUCGGAACAAAAGAGAUGUUGGAGGAAAUACGGGCAGCCUUAAGAAAGUGUCGAGAUUCCAAUGAAUGACUAGUACCAUGAGAAUUUUCAACAGUCAUGAUGAUUAAAAUACCUCUACUGAAUCAAAAUAGCAAGACCGUACAAAACUGAACUUACCAUGUCAUGAUUUUGGAAGCAUCGCUUCAACAAUUUGCUGCGACAGUAGUGUCUACUCACUUGCCACUCCAGAGUUGCCGGAUGGCUGAGCUAAACACAAUGUUUGAGUUGUCGACAGGUUCCCUUCUCCAUCUUAUCUUGGCUCCUUGCUAAUUUGAUCUUUAAUUUACCAGUUGGCUCCAUUGAAAGUGUGAUUUUGGCAGCCAUGUGUAAAGCUGUUUUGUUUGAUAAUGAAAGGUUUGUUUAUUUUCUUGUGA